UGGGACAUUCCUUUCCGGUGGGCGGGGAUUUGCUGCCCCGUAGAGCUCCGUGAUCCCGAACCCAGGGAUAGUGGGUACAGCUACUGUCAGUGAACGCAAUGGUAUGGGCCGGCGCGGCUGUGGAAUUGCCGGCAGGGAUCUCUCUGUGUUCUAACGUGUGAGAGUUUGCGGAGUAUCUUGUAAAUAGCGCAGGCCUGAGUGGGACCGUAUACUGAAUCGCCAUGUCCGCGAAGGUGCGGCUCAAGAAGCUGGAGCAGCUGCUGCUGGACGGGCCCCAGAGGAAUGAGGGGGCUCUGAGCGUGGAGACUCUGUUGGAUGUUCUUACCUGUCUUUAUACCGAGUGCAGCAGCUCCACUCUACGCAGGGACAAGUAUGUCAGCGAGUUCCUGGAGUGGGCAAAACCAUUUACACAGCUUCUCAAGGGAAUGCAACUUCAUCGGGAUGACUUUGAGAUUAUAAAAGUUAUUGGCAGGGGAGCGUUCGGGGAGGUGGCUGUGGUUCGAAUGAAAAGCACAGAACGUAUUUAUGCAAUGAAAAUCUUAAACAAAUGGGAGAUGCUUAAAAGGGCAGAAACAGCUUGUUUUCGAGAAGAGCGAAAUGUUUUGGUUAAUGGAGAUUGUCAGUGGAUUACUACAUUACACUACGCUUUCCAAGAUGAAAACUUCUUGUAUCUAGUCAUGGAUUACUAUGUAGGUGGGGACCUGUUGACUCUUCUCAGUAAAUUUGAAGAUCGACUUCCUGAAGAUAUGUCCAGAUUUUACCUUGCGGAAAUGGUUCUUGCCAUACAUUCCAUUCAUCAGUUGCAUUAUGUACACAGGGAUAUAAAACCAGACAAUGUUCUUCUGGAUAUGAACGGUCAUAUUCGCCUAGCCGACUUUGGGUCUUGUCUUAAGAUGAAUGAUGAUGGGACGGUUCAGUCUUCGGUGGCCGUGGGGACCCCAGACUACAUCUCCCCAGAGAUCCUUCAAGCCAUGGAGGAUGGGAUGGGAAAAUACGGACCCGAAUGCGAUUGGUGGUCUCUGGGGGUCUGUAUGUAUGAAAUGUUGUAUGGGGAGACCCCUUUCUACGCCGAAUCUCUUGUGGAAACCUAUGGGAAGAUCAUGAACCAUGAAGAACGAUUUCAGUUUCCAUCUCAUAUUGUGGAUGUUUCUGAUACGGCUAAAGAUCUCAUCCAGAGGCUUAUCUGUAGUCGUGAGCGACGACUCGGACAAAAUGGAAUCGAUGACUUUAAAGCACACCCAUUUUUCGUAGGAAUGGACUGGGAAAACAUUAGGAACUUGGAAGCACCUUAUAUCCCUGAUGUCAGCAGCCCAUCUGACACGUCAAACUUUGAUGUAGAUGAUGACAUCCUUAGAAAUCCUGAAGUCAUCCCUCCCAGUUCGCACAGUGGCUUUUCAGGAUUCCAUUUACCAUUCGUGGGCUUUACGUACACAACAGACAGCUGUUUUUCUGAUCGUGGUUCCCUGAAAGAUAUAUUUCACUCAAAUGCUGUAACCAAAGAUGAGGAUGUACAGCGUGGAGUGGAAAACAGCUUGCAGAUCGAUGCAUUCGAGAGGCGAAUACGAAGACUUGAGCAAGAAAAACUGGAACUUAGCAGGAAACUACAAGAAUCCACACAGACGGUUCAGUCACUCCAGGGUUCCUCCCGAACAGGGACAUUGAGCAGAGACAAGGAAAUCCGGAAACUCAAUGAAGAGAUUGAACGUUUGAAAAAUAAAAUAUCAGAUUCAAAUAGGAUAGAACGGCACCUUGAAGAUGCUGUGUCAGUAAGGCAACAAUAUGAGGAGGCCACAAACAAGUUGAAAGGGCUUGAGAAGCAACAGCGAACGCUUAAACAAGAGCGAGACGACUUUCAGAAGCAACUUGUUGAAGCUCAGGAAAGGUUAAAAUCCCACACUAAGGAACUUAAGGAUGCCAACCAGCAAAGGAAGGUCGUUCUGCAAGAGUUUUCUGAACUCAAUGAGAAGAUGGCCGACCUGCGCUCUCAGAAACAAAAGCUUUCACGGCAACUCCGGGACAAAGAAGAAGAGUUAGAAGUUGUCAUGCAAAAAAUUGAUUCUAUGCGCCAGGAAUUGCGUAAAUCUGAGAAAGCCAGAAAAGAGUUGGAAGCACAACUUGAAGAUGCAACUGCAGAAGCAUCAAAGGAACGCAAGUUACGAGAACAUAGUGACAGUUUCUCAAAACAGCUCGAAGGUGAACUGCAAGCUCUUAAGUUGAAGCAGGGAGGACGUACCCAUGGAGUGAUUUUGGAGCACCAGCAAGAAUUGUCAAAAGUCAAAUCUGAGCUAGAGAAAAAGAUUUUGUAUUUUGAAGAAGAACUGUUGAGACGUGAAACAUCUCAUAACGUGGAGAUCAAAAACAUUAAGAAGGGAAUCCAUGACUCGGAAAGCCAGCAGCUGGCCUUGCAGAAAGAAAUCCUGAUGCUAAAGGACAAGUUAGAGAAGGCAAAACGAGAGAGACAAAGUGAGAUGGAAGAAUCUGUAAGUAAUCUGAAGGAGAAAUAUGAACGCGAGAGAAGCAUUCUCAUAGAAGAGAAUAAAAAGCUGUCCACUGAAACAGAUAGGCUCUGCUCUUUUGUCGAUAAGUUAACUUCACAAAACAGACAACUUGAAGAUGAGCUGCAAGACUUGACGGCCAAAAAGGAGUCUGUUGCUCACUGGGAAGCUCAGAUUGCAGAAAUCAUUCAGUGGGUAAGCGAUGAGAAAGAUGCCCGUGGAUAUCUACAAGCUUUAGCAUCCAAGAUGACAGAGGAACUUGAGUCCCUAAGGAGUUCUAGCUUGGGUUCCCGAACACUGCAUGACCUCUCAUAUCCGCAAGCCCUGGCCCCUUACCAUUCUGAUAGGCUGGAUCCACUUUGGAAGGUGCGUCGCAGUCAGAAGCUCGACAUGUCUGCCAGGCUGGAGCUUCAGUCCGCUUUGGAUGCGGAGAUUCGAGCAAAACAAAUGGUUCAAGAGGAGCUGCGCAAAGCAAAGGACACUAAUAUCUCUUUUGAAAGCAAACUGAAAGAAGCAGAACUUAAAAACCAAGAACUCUUAGAAGAAAUGGAGAAAAUGAAAAAGAAAUUAGAAGAAAAAUUUAAAGAAGAAAGUGGACUUAAGAUUUCUGACUUUCACGAUUCCAUUUUUGAGUAUUUUAACACUUCUCCUCUGCAACAUGACCUAUCUCUGAGGACUAGCGCUAUUAUUGAGACAGAAAUUCCUGUUGCCAAACCGGAUUCCUCACCAUCAUUAACUGUUCUGUCCGCCCAAGAACAACAGCAAGAGGAACCCAUAAGGUCUCAAGCACGGACACCACCUGCUCCUACUCCUACCUUUACACCCCUCUCCCUGUCCAUCCCAAAGCCCAAAGCCCACCAGCUUACCAUGAAGUCAUUUACAAGUCCGACCCAAUGCUCUCACUGUACGUCGAUAAUGGUUGGAUUAGUGCGGCAAGGCUAUGCAUGUGAAGUGUGUCCCUUUGCUUGCCAUGUCUUGUGUAAGGAAAGUGCCCCUCAGGUCUGUCCUAUCCCAGCAGAACAGUCCAAAAGGCCUCUUGGGGUGGAUGUGCAAAGAGGUAUAGGAACAGCGUACAAGGGCUACGUGAGGAUUCCAAAGCCCACGGGAGUAAAAAAAGGCUGGCAAAGGGCGUAUGCUAUGGUGUGUGACUGCAAGCUCUUUUUGUACGAUGUCCCAGAGGGAAAGUCUACACAGCCUGGUGUCAUUGCCAGCCAAGUUGUGGACCUCAGAGAUGAAGACUUUUCUGUGAGCUCUGUCCUGGCAUCAGAUGUCAUACAUGCUACUCGCAAAGACAUUCCAUGUAUAUUUAGGGUGACAGCUUCUCUUCUUGGGGCCCCUUCAAAGACCACCACGUCUCUACUGAUCCUAACGGAGAGUGAAACUGAGAAGAGGAAAUGGGUUGGCAUCCUGGAAGGGCUGCAGGCGAUCCUACACAAAAACCAUUUAAAAAACAAGGAGGUGCACUGUCCGCAGGAAGCUUACGAUAGCACUUUACCUCUCAUUAAAGCAGUUGUAGCUGCUGCUAUUGUGGAUCAAGAUCGCAUUGCGGUUGGCACUGAAGAAGGAUUAUAUGUGAUAGAGGUGACGCGAGAUGUGAUAGUUCGUGCUGCUGAUUGCAAAAAGGUCUACCAGAUCGAACUUGUUCCAAAAGAGAAGAUUGUUGUCCUUGUUUGUGGUCGGAACCAUCAUGUUCACCUACUGCCUUGGGCCGCCCUGGAUGGGUCAGAGGGAAGCUUUGACAUAAAGCUGCCAGAAUCCAAAGGAUGCCAGUUUAUUACCACUGGAACACCGAAGAAAUCUGCAUCGUCUUGCUUGUUUGUGGCUAUUAAACGUCAGAUCCUUUGUUAUGAAAUCCAUAGAACUAAACCAUUCCACAAGAAGUUUAAUGAGAUUUUAGCCCCAGGAAAUGUACAGUGGAUGUCGAUAUUUAAAGACAAGCUUUGUGUUGGCUACCAGUCUGGAUUUUCUCUUUUGAACAUCUAUGGAGAUGGACACCCUAUAAACUUGAUUAACCCUAGUGACCCUUCCCUUACUUUUCUGCCCCAACUGUCAAUUGACGCCUUAUGCGCAGUGGAGCUCAGUAAUGGGGAAUACCUACUUUGUUUCAGCCAGUUGGGAUUGUACGUUGAUUCACAAGGCCGAAGGUCACGGAUGCAGGAGCUAAUGUGGCCAGCCACUCCCGUCGCAUGUAGUUGCAACUCCUCUUACGUUACUGUAUAUAGUGAAUAUGGCAUUGAUGUAUUUGAAGUCUCCUCUAUGGACUGGGUCCAGACGAUCGGAUUAAGACGGAUCAAACCAUUAAAUGUGGAUGGCACACUCAAUUUUUUGAACUCUGAACCACCUCGUCUACUUUAUUUAAAGAGUUCUUACUCAGAGGGGGCUACACUUACUGUGCCAGAAACCUCUGACAACAGUAAAAAACAAAUGGUCAGGACCAGAAGCAAGAGGAGAUUUGUCUUUAAAGUACCAGAAGAAGAGCGAUUACAGCAAAGAAGGGAAAUGCUAAGAGACCCCGAACUACGAUCAAAAAUGAUCUCAAACCCAAUCAACUUCAACCACGUAGCUCACAUGGGGCCUGGAGAUGGCAUGCAAGUCCUAAUGGACCUCCCACUGACUGAAUUUCCUUCAUCCUCUCGAAACUCUGCUCUGAUAUCUCCUCCAGAAAACUUUGAGCACAUCUAUCACAUGAGCUAUGUUUCUGCAGAUCUCUUUCUUCAGAAUGAACAAGGCCUCUCUGUGUCUUCAUAUUCUCACUGUCCCUCUACUCCCUUAGCAAGGAGCGUCUUGCCAUCAUCACAGGAAGAAAGCCAGAGAGAGAGGCCGCGUCCUCCUUCUACCAAUCUUGCUCGACAGCAACAGCAGCGAAGUAAAUCCUACAUCUCAUGGCCUACAGGUGCUGGAGAUCUGUCUUCACGAAGUAUAACGGACCCUGAUCAAGAACUAGAAAAAGAGCCGGAUUCCGACUCCACAAAGCAUUCUACCCCUUCAAACAGCUCCAAUCCAAGCGGGCCCCCAAGUCCAAACUCUCCCCAUAGGAAUCAGCUGACAUUGGAUGGCCUGGACCAAUCAGCCUGUGAUGCGUAGCUAUUCUUUGCACCAGGACUUAAAAGCAUCAUGUGAUGCGCCUAUAGAGGCGGCUGCAUUGGUUCUUUCACCGUGCCAAGAUCAAGAAAUCUCUAGUGUUGCACAAAAUCAGAACCCCCGUUUUGUAGAUACAUAAGUGAUAAAAAAGGGUUUAAUAUAUGUGAUCAAGCUUUUAUAUGCAAAGUAUUCACUGUUUCUAUUAGUUGUUUUUUUCCGUUUGUUUUUUUUUUUUUAUAAACCCUACAAUGAAAAGAUAGGAUGUUAAUUUUUAAAUCUCACCUUCGUAUGAUGCUGCUAGUUCUGGGGCAAAAAGAGGAAAUGGCUGCUAAGAAUUGUGCUAGCCAGCUUCAGUGAUAGGAUGUAUGUUCUUGUAAAAUAAGAAAUCUGUUUUGCAUAGGAAGAUUCUGUCGUUAUAGCGCAUUUAGGAUAAAUCAUCUCUUGUUUGUGAAAUAGAUUAAUAUCAGCAGAAAUACAACACAUAUUCAAUGCAGAGCCACAAUGUCUGGCAGCAUGACUUUUAAAUCAGAAAUGAUUCAUUUGGUCUCUUUAUAAAAGGCCUUUAUUUGCACAGGAGGUUGCAAAAUGUAUUCUCUCUAAUCAGUAUUUUAAAUAAGCAAAAUGCUCAGCUCCAACAGCACUUUUCUGUUGCCGGACCCUUUGUGUUACUUUAAAGCAGAGAACUGCAAAAAAAACUACUAAAUGUUUAUAGGGUAAAAAUAUAUAUAUAUUGUUUUUGUAGUUUUGGGUUCUUUUUAAAAGUAUAAAUGCAAGCAGUCCCAUGUGCUUGAGAGUCUGCAGGUGAAGCAUUUUAAUGACCUCUGGAUAAGGUGACUGGAUUGGCCAUUUUGUUAUGUUAGUCAGCAAUUAUUUGUGCUGAUUAGAUAUUGGUUAAACCUUUAGGCAAAAGCUUCAGCAUCUGAUCCGAUUAUUUUCAAUCUUAUGGACACAAGAUAGUGUGUUUUUAAGACCUCUAAUAUAUAUUAUAAUAGUAUAACGCACUCACCUGUUCCUUUUCUUCCCUUAUCAGAUUUUUAUAGCAACACCCAUGCUGUUCAUUUUUAUGUGAACGUUUCUAGGAUGAAUGUUUGUGUAUUUUUAAAGUUUAGUUUUCUUCCUUUAUUUAAGGUAAACACAGUGCUACAUUGAUCAUGCAAAAGAAUCUUAUUGGAAGACUUUCUAAAAGAUUAAAUCGAUAAUAGUCCUUUUUGGCAGCAUAUUAAGGAAACAUCUCGUAAUGUUACUACCAACCAAAGUGGACUGUUAUACAUGCUUAUAGAUGUAACAACCCCCCCCCUUGUUUAUUUUAAACAUUUUGUCCAGUAAUGGCAAGAAAAGUCACUUUUGACUGUAAUUAACAAAGCGAAAGUUUUUAAAAAAAUAAAUUGCACAUGAUCGUUAUGAUAAAAAAAUGGGUAAAUAAAAAUGUAAAAAAAAAUGCAAACAUUAAUAAAAGUAUACAAUAGAAAAUGUCCAAAGGCACUUUAUAAAUGUUCAUAGGAAAAUAGUAGAUGAAGCUGAGAGCAGAGCCAUUUAAGGGGUUAACCUGACAGUUUGAUAUACCUGAAUGUUCCGUUAGUGCAGAUGAACAGCGACCUUGGAUUUCUUGUAGUAAGAAAAUAAAUAACGAGACCUGUCCCUUUAUCUCUUGAUGAUGGGGCUUAUCCUAAAACUGGUUAAUCAAGUGUGUCCUGUGUCAUUUCAUAUGGGGUUUUAGAAAGUGCCUUUGGACUUUGUAUUUUUAUUUCAAUAUCUUCAUCAUUAAUAAUGACCUACAAACAAUUUAAACAAAUCCUUUGCAUUAAGUGCAAUUUUUGAAAAAUUCACUUAUUAGUGUCUUAGUUUUUAACAAUAGUCAAUAUUUCUUGACUUAUUAGGGACUUUUUUUUCUGUGUAUUAGAUUCAGGGCUUAAGCACGUUUUUUUUUCCCGUAUGAAGAAGAGCAGUUUUUGUGGCCAGAUGUGUCUAUUCUUGCUUAAAGAACCCAUGGACAUUAAUAGUCUUUAAUAAUGUACAAGUAAACAGCACACAACUCAUGUAUAUUUUGCUUCAGUCCAUGCACCCACAUGGCUCCAUGUAUAUUUAAUCUCAUGCUUCCAUGUAUUAUAUAUUUUAUAAUCAAGAUCUGUGACCAUGUUCCAUUAAAAGCUUGUAAUUAAUUGUGUCUGGCAUAUCCAGUUUGUCACUGUCACACUAGUGUGCCUUCUGUGCCAAUUUUAUGACAGUUGGAUUGUCAUUAAUUUAAAUUUGGUUUUAUCGGGCUAAUAAUGUAAAACAAUGGUUUUUUGUUUGUUUUUUUGAAACACUGUAUAGGACUUGCACUUAUUUUUUUAGUUUUUAAACCAAGUGAACUAGUCUCCCAUUUAUUAUUGUUUGAUGGUUCCCGCUUGUUCAGAUCGAGUGAAAAGACUCUGUUGGGGUCAUACACUACUGCUUUUUGGGGUCUUCUGGUUUUUACUUUUUUAAUGUAUGUCGUCUUUGUAAUUAUGAAUUGUAAGAUUUUGUUUUUUUAACAAGUGACCUGUUAAUAAAGCAGAAGAGGGCAGUUUUGAAGUUCAUGCUGGUCUGUAUUGACGAUUAAAAUCAUUUUACAUGGA